AAAAAAACGAGAUCUAUAAACAAACAUUCCCAAAUGUUUUCAUCACUCUCAAACCACUGUUCACCACAUUCAAUGGAUUGCGGGAUCUACUCAAGCUCUUCUUCUGAAAAUCCUAGAGACCACUUCCAAUUCCUUGAUCUCUUUCCUAACAUCACUCAAAACCCUAAUAACAACAAUACCCUAAUCGAACCUUUACCGCUUAUCGAUAGGAUCAACUUAAACUCAAACCUAAACCUAAAAUCGAGGCCAUCGUAUGUUGGCGAAGGAGAUGACGAGGUAGAAGAUGAAGAGAACGUUGUAGUGGAUGUGAGCUUACACAUUGGCCUUCCUGGUUCCGGUAAUUCAAGCAAUGGGAAAGAGAUCGUCACUUACGAUGCCGGAAAAGACAUUGAAAAUGAAGUUUCCGGCAAGGCAUAUUGGAUUCCGACGGUGGAUCAAAUUAUAAUAGGCUUCACUCAUUUUUCUUGCCAUGUAUGCUUCAAGACAUUCAAUCGCUACAACAAUCUUCAGAUGCACAUGUGGGGCCACGGUUCACAAUACAGGAAAGGACCAGAGUCACUGAAAGGGACUCAGCCAAGAGCCAUGCUAGGCAUCCCUUGUUUCUGCUGCGUUGAAGGGUGCAGGAACCACAUCGAUCAUCCUCGGUCCAAGCCACUCAAAGACUUCCGAACGCUCCAAACGCACUAUAAGCGCAAACACGGCCAAAAACCUUAUGCGUGUCGCAUUUGCGGUAAGCUCUUGGCAGUUAAGGGAGAUUGGCGAACUCACGAGAAGAACUGUGGGAAACGUUGGGUUUGUGUUUGCGGUUCCGAUUUUAAACACAAACGCUCCCUUAAAGACCAUGUUAAGGCUUUUGGACCUGGUCAUGGGUCUUAUCCGACCGAUUUGUUUGAUGAGCACGCCUCAUACUCUUCUGUCUCUGAAACGCUCUUUUAA